AUGCCUAUGAACAAUUUUCUAGAUGAAUUCAAUUUAUUUGAUUCAAUCAUUACCAUGAUGAAGAACGACCCAUGUUGCGUCGAGGAUUAUGAGCCAAUCGUCGAAAACCUGAACCGUAUAUUUCAAAGGACGUUUAAUGAUGAAGAACAUAGGAAAUCAAUGGCUAACUCCCAGCUUUUUUGGGAACGAUUAAGAGACACCUUGGAAGCAAUGCUGUUGCCAGCGUCGUUAAAUGAGAAUAGCUCAAUACCGUAUACAAGAACAGUGAGGGGCCUUAUCUUAAUGAUGAGAAACCUUGCCGCUGAAAACCAGGAAAUACCCCAAAAGCUUUUACUACAAAACCUCGUAAUUCGUGGUUUUCUGCAUGCAACUAGUGAGUAUGUCGUUGACACUCCGCUAAUCAAACAUCUAUACAUCGCAUGUUUAACGUGCCUUUUCAAUAUACAGCAGAACUACUCUACAGUGGAUAUGACUACUUUUCCAGCUCUUUUACAAUUUCUUCAAUACCCUUAUGGGAUCAAAUUGGAAGACGGUGAAGAAGAAGAGCAUUUCUGGCUACCAUAUUUAUUUCUUUUCAAGACGUAUCUCAACAAUGAUGAAUUUUCCAACGAAUUUUUCAGGGAUAAUGAUACACCCCAGAAAGACUAUUAUUGUGUUAGGGAUAGAAUAUUUUUCGAUAUAGUGACAGCCAAAUUCAUCCAGGAUCAAGAGAAUUCCUUUUUAAUUGAGAAGGGCAGAAACUAUCUGGAUGAUUCAAAAUUGGAAAUAACUUCUAUUGACCUAUCUGUCUUAGAAUGUAUUAGCAAAAGUCUUACAACUGCUUCUUUUGGUAAAUACCUCAAUGGGUUAGAAGAAAGACAGCCAGGAAAAUUCACCACUUUGUUGCAGAUAUUGCAAUUGGUUGUAACGAGUAAAGAAGAUUGGAAUACCUAUGAGUUGACUGCAAUUAUGUCAUGGUGCUACCCCAUUCUGCAACGUCUUGCAUGCAAGGAUAUUCCUGCCUUUUUCAAUAAAAGUUGUAACGAUUAUGCUCCUUCAGUUGCCAUCCAAUUACACUCCACUUUACUUUCUUGCCUGGACAUAAUUUCUGACUUGUGCAAAUUCAAUCAUGUUAGAAAAUUCUUAAUUUCGUAUGACUCUGUGAAAAUAUUGGUAUCUCUCUUGGAUACUUUCCAAAAGAAUUUGUUGAGGAUUAAUUUUUUGAAAGGAAACGGUGAUACGGUGAAUGAAAUUAAAAUCACAGAUCAUGAAGGUAACAAAAUCGAGGACCGGUUAUUAAUUUUCAACCGUGUUAAUACCAACGAAUCCUUUAUUAGGGCUGAUAAUUUUCCCCAUUGUAAAUUAGUAAUAAUCGAAAUAUUGGCAUCGUUAGUGUAUGCACAUCCUGAAAUCCAAGAUCAAAUAAGAGAAUUAGGUGGUCUUGCAUUAAUUCUUUCCAAUUGUGUCAUCGAUGAUAAUGAUCCGUUUAUCAAGGAAAGAUCUAUUGUUUGCUUGAAGUUUUUGUUAAAGAAUAAUGCCAAGAAUCAGGAAUAUGUCAAAAAAAUGGAAGCUCAAGACGUUGUUCAAGACGAUGCAUUGAGCAAAGCUGGGUUUGAAAUAUCAGUUGAAAAGGGCGGGAAAGUUAGAUUAGUAUCUAAAGAAGAAGACCCUGGGAACGAGAAUUCUGAGAUUAUUAGCAUAGAUGAAGAUUAA